AAAAGAUUAUUCGAUAACGUCUUCGGCCCUCCGACGAGGCCCUCGUAUAAGGCCUCUGGCAGGCCGCGGCCUCACCAGUGGCUCAUUGGCGUCCGGCGCGGCCGGUUUGCAGACUCCAAUAGGAGGGCACGUGCGCGAAUCUUAAACAUUUUAAAUAUCGAUUUAAAGAUAAUCAUUUUUAAAUUAAUUGUGGUGAUCACCUUAAUUUUUUUCUCGUCGAUGAAACAUAACUUACCAAAUGGAAAUGAUUUUAUUUGUGCAGAUAACAAUUCUGCAACUAGCACUUUGUUCAACGGUGCCAACAAUUUCGAACCGAGCCGAUUUAAAUAACACAAUAAUAAAAACGGAAUUGACCAAUGUAACAACGGAAAAUCGAACCCAAAACGAAGCUAAAGCUUUAAAAAAGGUUUACUUAUCGAAUCGGACAAUAACGUGUAACGAUGGAUCUCAAUCGGGUUUUUAUCUGCGGCGAUCUCAUUUAAGUAAGAAAUGGAUUGUUUUUCUGGAGGGUGGGUGGUACUGUUACGAUCAUCCAAGUUGUCAAAAUCGUUGGGUUAAACAACGACACUACAUGACUUCCUCGCAAUGGCCGGAAACUCGAGACGUUGGAGGAAUAUUAUCGCCAAACCAAGAAGAAAAUCCGUUCUGGUGGAAUGCAAAUCACGUUUUUAUUCCAUACUGUACGAGUGAUAGUUGGAGUGGAACACGAAUUGAGCGAAACGAAGGGGGAAUGUUCAAUUUUAUGGGUUCACUAAUCGUCCAACAAGUGAUUAGAGACUUAAUCCCGUUGGGGUUGGAAAAUAGCACGGAUGUUUUGUUGGCGGGAAGUAGUGCGGGUGGAACCGGGGUUAUGUUAAAUUUGGAUUUGAUACAAGAAAUUCUCCACGAUAAAAUGGGGCUUAAACACAUCGCUGUGAGAGGUGUAAGCGAUUCCGGUUGGUUUUUGGACCGCAUCCCGUUCUCAACCGGGGGAAAAUUAAAUAUGAGCGCAAUCGAAAAGGGAAUGGAUAUUUGGAGAGGAAAUAUUCCGGAUGCUUGUAAAAUUGAGCAUCCAAAUGAACCGUGGAAGUGUUAUUUUGGUUAUAAAUUGUACCCCACAUUAAAAGCUCCGUUAUUUUUAUUCCAAUGGCUUUUCGAUGAAGCUCAAAUGGACGCAGAUAAUGUAGGAGCUCCCGUUACAAAACAACAAUGGGAUUACAUCCACAAAAUGGGGAAUGCAAUCCGAAAAAGUUUUAAAAACGUUUCUGCCGUUUUCGCACCUAGCUGCAUUUCUCAUUCGGUUCUAACAAAGCGUGAUUGGUUGCAAGUAAAAAUCGAUGGUGUUUCAAUAGCCGAAGCUUUACAUUGUUGGGAAACGAUCCCGAUUCGGAAAUAUAAUCACAAUAAUAACAUGAAACGAUCCAGAAAUCACCAUCAUAAAGAACCAAAGAUCGUUCCAAGACAAGUUAAACGAAUCGACAACGAAGAAACGAGAAAAAUACGGCGAAGAAAACACCGAGGAAAUCGAAAACCGAAAAUUAAAAAGAAUAGAAAAAAUUGUGGGAUAAAAUUAAAAUGUCACCAAUUGAAACAUCAACAACAAUCGAAUUUUUCCCCUUUUGAUCAUAAUCGUUCGGAGCGAUCGGCACAUCACAAUCAAAAGCAACACCAAAGAAGACCCUCUCACUGUCACCAUCGAAGAUUGGAAAAGUGUUCGUGGCCUCAGUGCAAUCGUUCAUGUCCGAAAUUGCAUAACCCGUACACGGGAGAAGAAAUGGAUUUUAUCGAAUUGUUAAAAUCGUUCGGGUUAGAUAUGGAGAGUGUCGCCCACGCUCUUGGAAUUGACAUGCAGACCUUAAUUAGUAUGGAUCAUACUGAAUUGUUGAAUUUGCUCACUCAACAAGCAAGUUAGUUAAAUAGAAAGUUUUUAAAUCGGAUUCAAAGAAAAGUUUUUUGUAAAAUUGUAAA